AUGUAUGUUCAGUUCUGGCAACGGGAGGCAGCAAUGUUGAGGCAACAACUGCAACACUUGCAAGAAAAUCAUCGGCAAAUGAUGGGCGAAGAGCUUUCUGGUUUGAGUGUCAAAGAUUUGCAGAAUUUGGAGAACCAAUUGGAAAUGAGUCUUCGAGGUGUCCGUAUGAAAAAGGACCAAAUUUUAAUUGAUGAAAUACAGGAACUAAACCAAAAGGGAAACCUUCUUCACAACGAAAAUGUGGAAUUGUAUAAGAAGGUAAACUUAAUUCGUCAAGAAAACAUGGAAUUAUAUAAGAAGGUAUUUAUAUAG